GCUGUCAGAGGCGCUCGGGAGCCGGCUCCGAGCCGCUUGGGGAAGCCUGAGGGCUGGAGGAAAACCGCUAGCUCUGGCGUAGCCCAGGACCCAGAGCCCGGAGUAGGAACGCCAGCCCAGCAUCCAGGCUCGCCUCACAGCGGACAAAGACGCUGGGUUUCUGGCAGGACCAUUCUAGUGGAAAUACUGAAGGAGGACGGAAUCUAGGGGCUCCCUAGCUCGAGCUGUCCACCGCCCGCUCUUGGAAGCGCUCAGCUACCCCGACCCCAGACAGGGAAAGCUUUUGCAGGGGGGCAGGGAGGUGGUCCUGAGGGUAGGGAAAAUACAAAGUGACAGGGACGCAGGGCAGGCUGGGCUCUCCGCUGCCGCCUCCUAAGCCUCCUCUCCCUCAGCCCCGCCGGCCAAGAUGCGCCUCAACAGCACGGCAGCCGCACCUCCCAGCCGGGCGGAACCGGGUCCUUUCAGUUUAGAGCGGUCAGAGAGUGGAGUGGCAGACCCGGCUCUCAUGGCCCCGGGCUACAGCAACAGUACCGCCAACUCGUCAGAGCCGCUCCUCACCCCCGACACCGAUCUGGACGUGAACACCGACAUCUACUCCAAGGUGCUGGUCACUGCUGUGUACCUGACGCUCUUCGUGGUGGGCACGGUGGGGAACUCGGUGACUGCCUUCACUCUGGUGCGCAAGAAAUCGCUGCAGAACCUGCAGAGCACGGUCCACUACCACCUGGCCAGCCUGGCCCUCUCCGACCUGCUGAUUCUUCUGCUGUCCAUGCCCAUCGAACUCUACAACUUCAUCUGGGUCCACUAUCCUUGGGCCUUCGGCGACGCCGUGUGCCGGGGGUACUACUUCCUUCGGGAUGCUUGCACUUAUGCCACGGCUCUCAACAUCGCCAGCCUGAGCUUGGAGCGCUAUAUGGCCAUCUGCCACCCGUUCAAGGCCAAGAGCAUCAUGUCCAGGAGCCGAACCAAGAAGUUCAUCAGCUGCAUCUGGCUUCUCUCUUUCCUGCUCGCCAUCCCCAUGCUCUUCACCAUGGGCCAGUUGAACGCCAAGCAGAAUGAGGACCCCAACGGCCUCAUCUGUACUACGAUUGUGGAUACUUCCACCGUCAAGAUCGUCAUUCAGGUCAAUGCAUUCAUCUCCUUCCUCUUCCCAAUGGUGGUCAUUUCAGUGCUGAAUACCAUCAUUGCCGACCAGCUUACCAUCAUGUUCCACCAGGCAGCCCAGCAGAACCAGGUCUGCACGAUUGGAGGGCAGCAGACCAUGCUCAGUAUGUCCAUAGAACCCAGCCGUGUCCAAGCUCUAAAGCAUGGAGUUCGAGUUUUGCGCGCAGUGGUCAUUGCCUUUGUGGUCUGCUGGCUGCCCUACCACGUUCGCCGCUUGAUGUUCUGCUAUAUCCCUUCCAGUCAUUGGUCCCCGUUCCUCUACGAUUUCUACCACUACUUCUACAUGCUCACCAACGUCCUCUUCUACGUCAGCUCCACCAUCAACCCCAUCCUCUACAACUUGGUGUCCGCCAACUUCCGGCAGAUCUUCAUCUCCACCUUGGCUUUCCUCUGCCCUCCCUGGAGAAGAAGGAAAAAAAGACCGAGGUUCUCCAGGAAAUCCAACAGCAUCUCCAGCAACCACACCUUUUCCAGCAACGUCACCCGGGAAACACUCUACUAGAGCUCCAGAGGGCUGGCUCCAGGGUCGUGGAGGAAGGGGCCGCUGCCCCCAUGGCCUAAGGGCACGUGGUGGGGUCUUUGGCACAGUGAUGUCAUUCAGACGCACACUGGCCUUUCACAUCUUUAGUAUGUGUCCAUUCAUUUGAUGUUAGGGGGUGGGUGGGGAGGGGUUUUGCUGACCUGGAUUCAGCUAGGGGUCAGCUAGGAAUUCCACUAUUUCUUUUAACUUCUAAGAAUUGAAACUGAGACAACCUGCAUAACAGAAUUCAUUUGUUUUCAGCAUAAAGGUAUCCGCUGCUCCCCAUCCCCUUCCCUCCCUCUUUCUUUUGAAAGCCCAGGGAUGUCAUUAUUUCUCCCAGAGGGAACAAACAAGAACUUUAAUGAGGAGAAAUUAGUAUUCAGUAAAAAGGGGUUUUCUUUGUUACCUACCUAAUGGAUAUUUAGAGCCAAGGACAGGGACAGAUAAAUAGGCUCCUAGACCUGGGUGAUCAUUCACAGAUGCGUCUCUGCUGAACAUUUGCUAAUAAGUGCAGCAUGUUUCAGGGAAUCAAUAAGAAAAAGGAUGCUCACUGAAACAGAAAAGUGGCCUCUGUUCAGCACAAGUAAUUGUUCUAUAAGCCUCGGUUCUAUCUGGAAGCUUAGAAUUCAGGCAUAAAAGAAAGAAUGAAUGAAAGGUGGGGCCUGGAAACAGUCACUGAAUGAGAUCCAUAACUACUCAAUUAAGUUAACUGUGGGUAGAAGGGAUUCCUGAGAGCACCACUGACAUAAGGCUCUUGCAAAGAACCAGCUUCAUCACCUGCCUCCAGUUCUCCCCUCAGGAUUAGAAACAAUUUGACCAAUUGAAAAGUACUCCAGUAGGAAAUGAUAGCAGAAAUGGCUGAACUCCCAAGAUACUCAGCUUCUCCUCUCUGGGCUAAAAGCAAUUCUGAUCCUACAUUCAAUUUCAUUUAAUUCAAAAAAAUAAUUAUUGGGGGCAGCUAGGUGGUGUGGUGGAUAGAGCAUCAGCUCUAACUGGAGUUGGGAGGACUUGAGUUCAAAUCCAGCCUCAGAUGCUUAUUAGUUGUGUGACCCCAGGCAAAUCACUCAAUCCUGAUUGCCUCCAAAAAUUAUCAUCAUCAUCAUCAUCAUCAUCAUCAUCAUCAUCGAGUGCCUACUGCAUAUAGGUAUCAUACCAAAUGCACAGUUUUCUCACUGGAUUCUGUGAAGAGAAAAACAAAUCUUAAUUUUAUUCUCAGGACUGAGAAAGUACUCUGUUCCUCCUUCAUGAAGCAGCCUCCUUUACUCUCCAUCAGUUGGGAAAGACCAGAUCAGACCCAGAUGCCCCAAAGUAAUAGUUUAGUUAUAUCUCUACUACACCCAGAUCAGGCUUCUGGUCAUGUUCUCUCCCCCACCAUCCCAGGCACCUAAGGAAUAUUCUACUCUAACUUCAUUCUCCACUCAUCCAGGUUAAUGCAUGGAGGCAAGAAGCCACUGAGUAGGGAACCAUAAAAUUUGGUGGGAGAAGGGAGGAAAAAGAGAGAUUUCUUUCAUGUUUUCUCUCCCUUCUUUGACCUUCACACUAUUAAAGUGACUGGCUCCCCCUUUCUUCUCUUCCCACCCCCAUACUUCCUUUGUAACAUGCUUCUGAUUCCUUUCGGCUCCUGAGAAUUUCUGAAGGACUAGUCUCCUCUUUUUAUUCCCUCAAUAUUUAUUCCUGGUUAGUGUCACGUAAGUGGAGAUCUUCCCCCCAGAGGAAUGAGAGGCUCCAUGAAUUUGUUUAUACGCUGUAUCUGAACAGAGAAGUAGAGAAAAGUUACCUAAAGAGAGGAGGUUCCAAGAUCACUUAGCAUUAGUCAGCAGCUUUGUAUUUCUCAGAAGAGAUGCCAUUAAUAACAGGAAAACCAAGGUUCCAGGGAGAAGGCUGAAUCCCUCAAAACCAAAACCAAAUGCUUACCUAUAAGGCACUUCAUAAAUGUUUAUGAUUGACAGGUUUAUUAAUUGAACAUUUAUUCAAAGCAGUGUUGCUUUGAUUGGUAAAGAGGAGGAAAAAGGAAAGUAAGAAUGAUGGCUUUAUUCCUAAAUAUUGGGGAGAAUUCAUGUGAGUUAGAAAUUAGGCUUCUCUUUAUCCCAACACUGCAACUUUGCACAGAGACAGAGUUGAAAUAAAUGAGGCGAAUGACUUAAUAGGAAAGGACCAAAAUAGGGUGAGGAAUUUUCCUUUUCAAAAAAUCCUUCUCUUGGCCCCAUACUCCUAUGAGUCAAAAAUUCACCUAUAUAUAAUGUCAUUAUAACAGACUCAAAAUAGGAUGGCUUUGGUAAUCAACUGGCCUUUAUUUCAAUAUUAGCAAAAAUUUUUUAAAAAGGCAGAUCGUCAGGUGAGAGACCUUCAGGCUGCAACUAAUUGUAUGAUUGAUUAUUGUUUCCAUACCUACUGCUGGAGGAAAGGACAAGUCUCCAGAUUAGAACCACCAGAAGCUCAGUCUGUUUCCUCUCCUGCCCAAAGUAUUAAACUUGAAAUUUCAGAAAGUGAUACUAGCAGCCUACUGAAUAGUGUCAAUGCAUCCAUUAUGUCUCUGCCUGCCAAACCAGAGCUGGUAAAAGCAACUCAAGCUCAUCUGAAUGCAGGGUCUCAGAUUUUCCCACGUGAUAGGAAAGUUCUUCUCUGAGAGCUAUAUUUCUGCCAGAAAACUCCAAGAAAUGGGGCCACUUAUAUCAACCUCUGCAACUGCCCAACAGGAUUUAUGUCCCACUUAGCUAUAAAGGAAAGGGUAAGGCAUGAGACAUUGCACUUGUCAGAAGCCUUAAGGUGAAAGGGUCUGAGGAGGGUAUCAGGAGAGCCCCUAGCAGAGCCAGAGUGAGAAGCUACUCUACAUGGACAUGUUUUCCUUUGAAAAACUAUAGCAACUAAAGGUCAAAGGCACCUCCAGGCUAGUGGAGAUUCAGGAACUGUUGUUCUCUUGAUAUUAUUCAUAUCUAUAGUUACUUGUAAUAGGAUUUCAACUAGCAUUAGCAGGGCCCAGUCCCCAAUUCAACCCAUCUUAGGCAUCAGAGUAUUUACACUAUCCUUCACUCUUAGUGCUAGGCUUAUAAACCAAGGCCAGCAAGGAUGUUUUCAUUCCAGCUCUGCCAUUAGCUUGUUGCAUGGCCAGACAAAUCAGAACUUCUCAAAAACUCAGUUUCCUCAUGUGAAAGAUGAGGGCAAAUGCUACCCUCUCUGCCUACCUCAAGGCAGGGAGAUGAAGAUGAAAUUUUAAAAUGUGGGAAAGUGCUUUGAAAAGUAUAAAUUAUGCUAUGAAUAUAUGAUAUUACUGUAAGUUGGAGAGGGAAAAGGGAUAAUUAAAGAGACAAUGGCCAAAAGUCAAAUGAAAAGUACUUAGGCUUGAAUUUCAUCCCAUUAUGUAUCUUGCAAAAAAUAGAGCUAAUGUGUCCAUGUCACCAGGGGUGAUAUUUCAAAUAUAACCCAGUUGUUGUCCAUCAGUGUUACGAUAGCUUGUUCUCUUUUUGAUCAAAAACACAAAUCCGACUAUAUAAAGCAUGUUUUCAGCCUCCUUUUGUGAAACUCUAAGUCUUCCUUGCUUAGCUCCUCGUCCAAGGUGUCCAGUGGUGUACAUUGUAACUGUAGAAAGCAGCUCCCCUCCAUUUCUUAAAGCUGUCUUCUGUAACUAGAUUCUUGUAUGAAUGGCUGAAACAGCUCACAGGGAAAAUCCAGCUCUGUCAUUGCCACUUCCUGCUUGAAAUUCCUCAGACUGUGAAUCCAACAACCUGUUCGUGUUGUACUUGUGGUGGAAAUAAGUGAAUUGCACAUUAAAAUAAAUGAAUAAAAAGCUAA